GUCUCUCGUCCUUUCUUCCACCACGCGCACGCGCACCCACGUUUCUCCUCCCACUCUCGGCGCUGUCGGCCCGUCGCCCUCGCGUCCUUCCUCCUCCUCUUCCGCCAGCUCAGUGACAGGUACACACUCCCCGGAUGGCGCUCUGCGGUUCGUCGAAAGGGCGCGGCAGGGGCCGACCGAUCCAGCGCAAGGUUGUCGUAUGCGGCGACGGCGCGUGCGGGAAGACGAGUCUGCUGAACGUCUUCACGAGGGGGUUCUUCACGCAGGUCUAUGAACCGACGGUGUUCGAGAACUACGUGCACGAUCUGUAUAUCGACGACCAGCUGGUGGAGCUGAGUCUCUGGGAUACGGCGGGGCAGGAGGAGUUCGACCGGCUACGGAGCCUGUCGUAUGCAGAAACGCAUGUGAUCAUGAUAUGCUUCAGCGUCGACAAUCCAACGUCGCUCGAGAAUGUGGAGAGCAAGUGGCUCGACGAGAUUUUGGAGUACUGUCCGGGGGUCAAGUUGGUCUUGGUCGCACUCAAAUGUGAUCUACGCGACGACCCUGCAGUACUCGAUCGGCUACAACGAUACGGUACACAUACGGUACAAUAUGAAGAGGGCCUCGGCGUCGCGCGAAGAAUACGAGCUUCACGAUACUUAGAGUGCUCCUCCAAACACAACCGCGGCGUUAACGAAGUGUUCUACGAGGCCGCACGCGUGUCACUGUCCACUCGAUCAGGCAGGGGAGGUGGCGGGUCGUGUUGCGUCAUGUAGCGCACCUCGCUCUCGUCAGUCUAGUCUCCCAUGCCGACCGUCGCUGCGCUGGCGCUCCUCGUCGACCUGUCAAACUGCUCUGCCCUACUAUGUCACACCAAGCGGCCCAUCGACCCGUCCUAGACCACACUACACAGGUGUUAGGACGGAAGAGAACUCCAGCGCGGCCCGCCCUCGGUCCCCAUGCUCCUGGGCGUGUAGUGCUUCAUAUAUUCCUGUUCGUAGGUGCGGGGGUUACUCCUCCCCACUCGUGCGGUGCUCAAGGACGUGUAGGGAUAGCUCACCGCGCUGUCCGAAGAAGAUAAAUAUAUACCCCCCACCCCCAAAGGUUACAUACGCAUGGAUAUCUUCACGCUCGCAUAUGUUACGCUCCCUUAAUCUACCUGCGUCUUAUAUGGGAAUUGAAAGCGUUUGAUAUGGGCUUCAA